GACGGACGCCGGCGGCCCGCUGCCCAGCAACCGCUAACAUCAGACAGCGGGCUGGCCGAGCGCUGCGAGAGAUAGAGACAGAGAGGGCCGUGUGUCGCCCACUGAGAGUUCCGCUCGCCGGCCCGUAGUGACAGUCAUGCCGUAGGGGAGGAACAGCCAUGAACAAGUACGAGAAAGUAAGCAAGAUCGGGGAGGGCUCCUUCGGAAAGGCCAUUCUGGUGAAAUCCAAGGAAGAUGGCAAGCAGUACGUUAUCAAGGAGAUCGGCAUCUCUAAGAUGUCCAACAAAGAAAGAGCGGAAUCAAGGAGAGAAGUUGCUGUUCUGGCAAACAUGAAGCACCCCAAUAUUGUCCAGUACAAGGAAUCGUUUGAAGAAAGUGGCUGUCUGUACAUUGUGAUGGAUUAUUGUGAAGGAGGGGAUCUCUUUAAAAGGAUAAAUGCCCAAAAAGGAGUUUUAUUUUCUGAAGAUCAGAUCCUGGACUGGUUUGUUCAGCUGUGUUUGGCCUUAAAACAUGUUCACGACAGAAAAAUUCUGCACAGGGAUAUAAAGUCGCAGAACAUCUUUUUGACAAAGAGUGGGACAAUCCAGCUGGGAGACUUUGGGAUAGCUCGGGUAUUAAACAGCACGGUCGAGCUGGCUCGUACUUGCAUAGGGACACCAUACUACCUGUCUCCUGAGAUCUGCGAGAACAGACCGUAUAACAACAAGAGUGACAUUUGGGCUCUGGGAUGUGUCCUGUAUGAAAUGUGCACCCUCAAACAUGCAUUUGAAGCUGGUAACAUGAAAAACCUAGUACUGAAGAUAAUCAGAGGGUCGUACCCACCCGUGUCUCUGCAUUACUCCUAUGACCUUCGCAAUCUACUCUCUAUGCUUUUUAAGAGGAAUCCCAAGGAUCGUCCGUCAGUCACCUCCAUAUUGGAGAAGCCUUUUGUAUAUAGACGUAUAGAGAAAAUUCUGCCGCCACAGCUUAUAGCUGAAGAAUUUGGUUUGGGAGGUGUUCUCAAUCAACCAAAGCCAUCUGUCCCUGCUGUAGCUGGUAAAAGAGCAGCUCCAGCUCCAGCCGUUCCCUCUGCCUCGCCUCCUGCUCAGAAGAUAACCAAACCAGCUGCUAAGUAUGGAGUGCCUUUAACCAUCAAAAAGUCUGCAGACACGAUUAAAAAGCACCAUGACAGGAAGCCACAGAUCCGACACAGACAGGCUCCACAUAUACCAAUGAAGAAAGUCAACCCGGUAGAAGAAAGGAGGAAAAUGUUUGAGGAUGCAGCUAAGAAAAAAAGACCUGACGCGAGACAGCUUGAGAAGGAGAAAAGACAAAGGGAGCAGCUAAACUUGCUGAAGGCGGAGCAGAUGCGGAGACUGGAAAAGGAACGGAUUGAACGAAUAAACCGAGCUAGAGAGCAGGGCUGGAGAAAUGUAAUCGGGUCUGGAGGAAGUGGAGACAUGAAGGCUCCUUGUUUUGGAGGUGGAGGAGGCGGUGGUGGUGGUGGCGGCGUGGUACUCUCACAGCAAGCGGUGGCCCGGGUAUCUUAUGAACAUUACCAUUCCAUAUUAGACCAAAUGCAGAAGCAGAAAGAACACAUGAAAGCAGCAGAGGAAAGAGAUGCCAAGCUAAAAGGCGGCAAGGAACCCGCUGACCUCGUGAACAGGGCUCCCAAUGGCCCCGCUGCUCACUUACCCUUCCCCGAUGGUGAUGCUGUGAAGAAAGAACUGAAGAGACUGGAGGACGUUUCCAAACAGGCAGUUGCAAACAGACAUAGAGGUCAUGCCGCUGCAGAAAGGGCCAGACAGGUUGAAGAGUUUUGGCAGAGGAAGCGGGAGGCAAUGCAAAAUAAAGCGCGUGCCGAGGGACAUAUGGAUGCCCUGUACAGCCUGGCAGCUGUCUAUGGAGGCAGGUCAAUCUCUUCAGGAGGAGGCAAGACCCGAAACAAAGAAGAACAGGAAUAUUUGGCAAGACUGCGCCAGAUCAGGCUUCAGAAUUUUAACGAACGACAACAAAUCAAAGCCAAGCUGCGUGGAGAGAAGGCGAGUGGCGCGUCUGGCUAUAGCGGGGAUGAAGGUGACACCGGUAGCAACAGCAGCAACGAAGAUGCUGAACUAAGAAGAAAGAAAAUUGAAGCCUUGAAGGCCCAAGCAAAUGCCAGAGCAGCUGUGUUAAAGGAGGAACUCGAGCGAAAAAGGAGAGAAGCCGAUGAAAGAGAAAAGAGAGCCUGGGAAGAGCAUUUGGCAGCACGAGGAAUCAAGAACCACAAUGUGCCUUUUAGUGCAGUAGGAGCAGCACCUGGUUCUCCCAGCCAUGCAAAUGUUUCAGCCCAGGGUUCCCCGGUCAGAGGCGCAGCUCCAGUGAAACUCUCUGCACCAGUAAUUUCCAUGACCUCAGCGCUGAAGAAUGUGGGGGCUGAAGAAGCUGCGCUAGCAGAAGUAAGGAGUGCUGCAGAGUCCAAAAAACCAGAAACCUCAAUCCAAAAUGAAAAACGUGAAAUACUUCGUAGAUUAAAUCAGAACCUCAAAGCUCAGGAAGAAAUUGAAGACGGCAAUCGGAACCCAGAAGUGAAGAGUGAACGAGACGCCACCAAGGAAUCUCAGCAGGAGAGUGGAGAUCAAGAAGCGGGUGAUCGGAAGAAAUGGCAGGCAGAACCUCCCCCGGUGAUCCCCCUCGCCCAGCUCACGCUGAUAGAGGACACGGUGGUGGCUGAUGAGAGUCUUACAAGCGAGGAGGUCAUCAAGCUAGAUGUAGGUGAACCACAAAGACGCCUGUGGGGGAAAAGUCCGGCUGACUCCGUGCUGCGAAUCCUCGGCGAAGCUGAACUUCAGCUCCAGACUGAAUAUCUCAAAGUGACGGCAGUUGAACCGUGCACCGAGACCGAUGAAGCUGAUGCUCAGCAAGAUCAGCAUCUCGUUCAGGAAAUACUAGAAGAUUCUUGUGGGGUCAGUGAUGAUCUGGUUGGAUCUGAAGCUCAAAAGGUUCCAGAGCCUGAGGACCCACCAAAACCAGAUGUCGAGCUCGUUGCUGAGAAGUCACUGGACCAGUCAUGUGAAGAGGCAGACGACUUGGAAGCUGAAAUACUUUUGGAUGUUGAAGGCAGUGGGGGAGAUGCUGGUGAAGAAUGUCCUGUUCAGGUCAAAAACGUUUGGAUGGAGCACGACAAGGAGCAAAGUGAGGAUCAGGAGGAAGCUGCAUGUGAACACACGUCUCUGGAGCAAGACGUUAAAUUAGAUUCAGAGCCAGAUUCAGUGCAAGGAGACGAUGACACAGAAAAUGCUGUUGGAGACGCCAAAGCACCCAAACCUUUAUUUGAAAAAGUCCCUCUUCCACGUUACCCCAUUACCCCAAAUGUCUCUUCUCAGUCGUCAUUUGAUGAUUCCUUGCCACCCCGAUCUCGAUCUGCAUCUCCUACCAAAGCCAGAGGCAAAACCGCGCUGCUGAUCGGGCUCUCCACUGGUCUCUUCGAUGCUAAUAAUCCAAAGAUGUUGAGGACCUGCUCGCUACCAGACCUUUCAAAGCUUUUCAAGACCUUUGUUGAUGUUCCCGCCGUGGCUGACGUGCAGAAUGAGGAGCAGCUGGAAAUCGAGGACAUCGAGGAUGAGCCCGCUCAGGAUGCUGAUCACUCAGACUCCGAGGAUACCAUGUUUGGCGAGACAGACCGGGAUCUGCAGGAAUUGCAGGCAUCGAUGGAGCAGUUGCUAAGAGAAGAAGCUGCGGAAGAAUAUGGCGCUGAUGAGGAGACCGUCCUGAAUGCAGAGCCGAUGGAAGAAAAUAAACUAGAGGCCACAGAGUCCACGUUAAGUAACGGUGAAGAACAGAAAGAGGAUGACGACGACGAGGAGGAAGAAGAUGAGAAUCAGCCAAGCAGUGAAAGCGUCAUCAAUGAAGAAUGGCACUCUGAUGACAGCGGAGAGGAGUUUGCCAGCGAAUGUGAUGAUGGGGACAGUGUCUUCGGUCAUCUGGAGGAGCUGAGACUCAAACUGGAGCACGAGAUUGGUUUUGAUACAUUCAUAGAAGUUUACAACAAAAUUAAGGCAAUACAUGAAGAUGAGGAUGAGAAUAUUGACACGUGUUCUACAGUUUUAGAAAACAUUCUAGGCCCUGAACACCAGCACCUGUAUCCCAGAAUCCUCCGCUUGGUCAUGGCAGAUGGAGCUUAUCAAGAAGACAAUGAUGAAUAAAUAUCUCAGGACUUUCAUAUUCUCUACGUGCUGCUUGGACCAAGAUGGGAUUUGGUUCUUUUUGCCCAUCUCCAGCCUUCAUCGCCCGCUUCUUAUUUGCGUUUGCCGUUUUCCUGUUGCAUGAAUGGAGCGUCUCUUAUUAAUGCUGUGUAUGUUCCACACGUGUUUCGUCUGAAGGACCCGUUACCUUCAUCAGUCUUCAGUCUCGUACUAUGGAAAGAAAGCCAUAAAUUGUCCCAUGGAGGCAGAGCAGAUCUUCCGAGCCGAUAAUCUGUAUUUCCUAUAGCUUUUCUUCAUAGACACGUCAUAUACAUGUUUGUACAUUGAAGACUGGCAGUUGGUCCAUGUCACAAAUUUUCAAAUGCAUUCAUGUUUAUUUACAGAUUUCACAUUUUCUAUAUUUGUAAUAUCAGACAAAUAUAUGUAUUGGUAUUUUUCUCAUGAUAUAAACACUGAUUUAUUGGCA